CCCAAAUCAAACACCUUCCGACUGAAACAUUUGCAGCGAAUUCAACAUCGCUAACGAAGACCCAUUCCGACCGUCGGAGCACAUUCAGAGUGCGGGUUUUCUCUGAAUUAUGUCUUUGGCGCAGCAUCUUACUUCAAUUGCAGGAGUAGAGCGCGUGGAGCCAUCAGUCGAUGCGGUGCCGACCAAAAGCGUUCAUCGUGUCUUGAGCUACGAUGCCUUUCCCCCUACCCAGGUCGAAGACCAAGCAGAUCAUCUUGCUGCCUACAAAGUCUCGACAGUACGACGAGCAAUCCAAGUCGUGAUCACAGUUCUUGCCUGCUGGCUUGCUUCAGGAAUCGUCUUUGGUUUCGCCGCUAUCAAGCCCGUUUUGAUCUCAGAAAAUGUUUAUCAAGAGCUGUGCACAGAUGACGAACUGCAACAAGAUGUGGAGGUCUGUCUCGAACAAGAUAUCAGAUUAAACUUCUUCUUCACCUUGGCCUCCAUCACCACCAAUGUCUCGGCAUUGCCUGUUGGUGCCAUCUUGGAUCGUUAUGGUCCUCGUGUCUGCGGCAUUUUUGGCAGCAUCUUUCUAGCCACUGGCAGUAUCAUCAUGUCCUAUGCAUUUGCUAUCCCAGAGUUCGAUGGCUACCUGAUCGGUAACUUCUUCCUCGCAUUGGGUGGCACUUUCAUUUUUGUCCCUUCGUUCCACAUGGCGAAUGCGUUUCCCAAGUAUGCUGGAACAAUCGUAGCCCUCAUCACAGGAUCAUUUGAUGCAUCAGCGGCUGUAUUUCUGUUCUAUCGCAUGACAUACGAAGCGACAGAGCACGCCUUUACGCCCGACAAAUUCUUCUUCUCCUACACCAUUAUCCCUAUACUAAUACUUCUUUCCCAAAUCACCGUCCUUCCGUCGAACAUUUACGACACUGUUCCCCAACUCGAGAAGAAAAUUGAGAGGGCCCAUGACGCCAGCAGAGAUGUACACUCGUCUGAUGAUGAGAUCACCAGCGAAGAUGAAGUCGACCGUGUCAGAAUCCAACGUUCAAUUCGUCGCAAGAACAAGAUUCGCAAACUUGAUAAUCUCCUUGGUGAUCAGGAAGUGCGACAGGAAAGAGCUGAUCGUGAAGAAGAACGCUUGACUAAGUCGGCUGUUUGGGGUAUCCUUCAUGGGCUCCCUGCACACGAACAGAUGGUCACUCCAUGGUUCAUCCUCAUGACUCUUCUUACAGUCCUGCAAAUGCUCCGCAUGAAUUAUUUCAUUGCUACGAUACGCUCCCAGUAUGAGUUUAUGCUUGAUUCCGAGUCUUUGGCCGCUAGUAUCAAUCGUUUCUUCGAUGUUGCGCUUCCUGUUGGUGGUGUUGUCUGCACACCUUUCAUUGGCUUCUUCCUUGACAAUUUGAGUGUGCCUAUGACUUUGGCUGUAAUCGUCAGUUUGACUACAGCCAUUGGCGUGCUCAACUCUCUGCCUAUACUUUGGGCCGCCUACAUGACAGUCUGUCUGUUUGUUGUACUGCGUCCUCUGUAUUAUUCUGCGAUGUCUGACUAUGCAGUGAAAGUGUUCGGGCUGAGAACCUUUGGUCGAGUAUAUGGAGCCAUCAUUUGUCUCUCCGGACUUGUCAAUUUCUCGCAGUACGGCAUUGAUGCUCUCACACUCGAGGUAUUCCAAGGUGACCCCACGCCUGUAAAUGUCGUUCUAGCAGGAGCUGGAUUCGCGGUUGGAACAGUCCUUGUUGUAUUUGUAUGGCAGAAAGGUAAACAGGUUGGAGAUAAACAUGGUGGGUUUGGCGAUCCCGAAAGGCAACCGUUGAUUCCCGAGGAAGAGGAUGAGAUGUAACGGGGCCAGUACAUCGUAUGGCGGCAUGUUUAGUCUCAUGUCUGGUAUCUUUGGCAGAACUACAAACAAGUGUAUGGACAUUUCUACAGUCUCAUCUUCAAAGCUGGGGAUCUAACUCUUGCCAUCUCUCUAGGCGGUCACAAUACUGUACGUCGCAACUACAAGCUGGCUCAUGAACAUCAGAAUGAAAGCAAGGAAUGUAUAAAACUAUGUAAUAAUAAUUCUCAUUCAC